AUGGUGUUAGGAAUGAUAAAUGAGAUUCAACAAUAUCUCGAUGCAAGGUAUAUUGGACCUCUAGAAGCUGCUUGGCGAAUAUUUGGUCAUCCUUUGCAUGCAGAGAUGCCAACAGUUGUACGAUUGGCACUUCAUUUACCUGGAAUGCAUCGCGUUGUGAAGAUGAAUGUCCAUUCACUUAUCAAGAAUUUCCACAACAUUAUGUUUGGCUCAAGUCGGAAAAGAGAUGAAAAUCAAGAGAAAGGGGAUUUGCAAUUGAAUUGCAUCAUUGUUACUGGUCGGAGGUCGCACUGCACAUUCAACAUUUUCGGGCAUAUUGUUAUUACUGUGGCUUCAUCUAGAAUUGCAUCAUUGUUACUGGUCGGAGGUCGCACUGCACAUUCAACAUUUUCUAUCCCAUUAGAUGUGUUGGAAAAUUCAAAUUGUGGGCUUAGUAAACAAUUAUUACAAGCUGAGUUAUUUAGAGAAACAAAACUCAUAAUUUGGGAUGAAGUUCCGAUGCAACAUAGACAUUGUGUUGAGGCGGUUGAUCGUACAUUGAGGGAUAUUUGUGAUAGUGACAAGCCAUUUGGGGGUAUUACUGUUGUUCUUGGUGGAGACUUUCGACAAAUCUUACCAGUUAUACCCAAAGGAUUUCGUGAGCAAAUUGUGAAUGCAUCAUUAAGACACUCUAUUCUAUGGAAGCAUAUACAUAUCUUAACUUUGGAUUUGAAUAUGCGCUUGAAUCAUGAAGACCGUGAAAAUGCUAAUUUUGCAAAUUUUGUGAUGGAGAUUGGGACCAAUCAUCAAGAAAUCGCUAACCUUCCAUCAACAAUACACAAAUGUCAAGAUUUGAAUGAAUUACUCUCUACAGUUUACCCACGGUUGAACAUAAUAGAGACGUCAACCCCAACAUAUUUAACUGAACACACAAUUUUGUCUGCGCGUAACGAUGAUGUCAGUGACAUCAAUACUACUGCAUUGAAUAUCUUUCCAGGGAGAUUACAUACUUAUCUUGCAGAAGAUAAAAUGUCUGAAGAUAAUGAAGUCUAUCCUACUAUUACAAAUAGAUAUCCUAAUGAAUAUUUAAAUUCAUUGGAUCCUCCUGGGUUGCCAACUUUUAAGUUAGAGUUGAAGGUGGGUUGUCCUAUAAUAUUGUUGAGAAACAUUGCACCGAAAGAUAGACUAUGUAAUGGUACAAGAUUGAUGGUUACUAGGUGCAACACUCGCAUAAUUGAAGCUCAAAUUUUAACUGGAGAAAAGUUUGGCAAUUUGGCAUUCAUACCAAGGAUAUCUUUGGCACCAUCUUCUUCAGAAAUGCCUUUUCAAAUGACAAGACGUUAA